AUCAGGACUAUCCUCCUCGAUCCCACUCAUUGUCAUAACACACCACCACCGACCCCUACCAAACGUCAGCAAGAGUUUGAACGGGCAAAAAGUUGCCCAACAUGACGAUCCCAGACGAGGUUGAUAUCAUUGUGUGCGGUGGAGGAUCAUGCGGUUGCGUCGUUGCUGGCCGUUUGGCCAACCUGGAUCACAGCCUCCAGGUCAUGCUCAUUGAAGCUGGAGAGAACAAUCUCAACAACCCAUGGGUCUACCGCCCAGGUAUCUUCCCACGCAACAUGAAGUUGGACAGCAAGACUGCCUCCUUCUACUACUCUCGUCCAUCCGAAUGGCUCUCGGGCCGUCGUGCGAUCGUUCCUUGCGCUCACAUCCUCGGUGGUGGCAGCUCAAUCAACUUUAUGAUGUACACUCGUGCAUCGGGCUCCGACUACGAUGACUUCCAAGCCAAGGGCUGGACCACCAAGGAACUCAUUCCUUUGAUGAAGAAGCGCGAGACAUACCAGCGAUCCUGUAAUAACCGGGACAUCCACGGUUUUGAUGGCCCAAUCAAGGUCUCUUUCGGCAACUACACCUAUCCAGUCAUGCAAGAUUUCUUGCGAGCCGCUGAAUCCCAGGGCAUCCCAUUCAGCGACGAUCUCGAAGACUUGAAGACCGGCCACGGUGCUCAGCACUGGCUCAAGUGGAUCAACCGCGACACUGGUCGUCGAAGUGACUCUGCACACGCAUACAUCCAUAGCACACGACAACACUACGAGAACUUGCACCUCGUCUGCAACACAAAGGUCGACAAGGUCAUUCUCGAGGGCAACCGAGCAACUGGUGUGCGAACAGUCCCAACGAAGCCACUCCACCCUAACGAGGACCACUCCCGCGUCUUCAAGGCCCGCAAGUUUGUCAUUGUGAGCGGUGGCACCCUGAGCUCCCCAUUGAUCCUCCAGCGAUCUGGUAUUGGUGACAGCCAGAAGCUCCGAAAGGCUGGCGUCAAGCCAAUCGUCGAUCUGCCAGGUGUUGGCCUCAACUUCCAGGACCACUACCUAUACUUCUCACUUUACCGUGCCAAGCCAUGGACUGACUCGUUCGAUGACUUCGUACGGGGCGACCCAGAGGUGCAGGCGAAGGUCUUCAACCAAUGGGAAAUCAACGGCACCGGGCCAUUGGCGACUAACGGUAUCGAGGCUGGUGUCAAGGCCCGACCGUCCGCUAAGGAGCUCGAGGAGAUGAAGUCUUGGCCAUUCCCAGAAUUCAUUUCGGGCUGGGACUCAUACUUCAAGGACAAGCCAGACAAGCCAGUCAUGCACUGGGCUGUUGUUGCUGGUUGGUUCGGUGACCACAUGCAUAUUCCACCAGGCAAAUUCUUCUGCAUGUUCCACUUCUUGGAGUACCCAUUCUCUCGUGGCUUCACACACAUCGUCAGCCCCAACCCAUAUGAGGCACCAGACUUCGACGCUGGCUUCAUGAACGACCGCCGUGAUAUGGCACCAAUGGUUUGGGGAUACAUCAAGUCCCGUGAGACUGCCCGCCGCAUGGACGCCUACGCAGGUGAGGUUGUCGACAAGCAUCCAUUCUUCGCCUACGACUCUCCAGCUCGUGCCCGCGACAUGGACCUCGACACCACCAACGCCUACGCCGGACCGAACCACAUCACCUCCAACAUCCAGGUCGGUUCCUGGACCGUGCCCAAGCUCAGUGGCAAGGCGCCCGACACUGCUUUCCUCAACAGCUCCCAGCAGACCGUCCAGGAGGACCUCAAGUACAGCCGCGACGAUUUGCUCGCCGUCGAGGAGUGGGUCAAGCGCCACACCGAGACGACCUGGCACUCUCUUGGUACUUGCUCGAUGGCGCCAAAGGAGGGCAACUCCAUUGUCAAGCACGGUGUGCUCGACGAGCGCCUCAACGUCCACGGCACCAAGGGCCUCAAGGUUGCCGACUUGUCGAUCUGUCCAGACAACGUGGGCUGCAACACAUAUUCCACUGCUCUGCUGAUCGGCGAGAAGUGUGCCGUCUUGACGGCAGAGGAUCUCGGCUACACUGGCCGUGCUUUGGACAUGAGGGUUCCAGAGUACCACCACCACCGCGAGGUUGUUGGCCUCUCCAAGCUUUAGGCAUGAGAUGGUGGUUGCCGGGUGUGAAAAGUCUCCACGGUUUUAAUGAGAUUGUGUUACCUACGUGUAGUAGUUCGUGUGACAUAUUGACGAUGGAUGAUGUUGCGACUCGCUU